AAGUUUAAAGGAGCGGAACUAGGAGCCAAAAAUACACUGAACCAAGAAGAUUCAAGAGAGCGAUACCAGAAGUGAAAUCUCUAAGAAUGGCCUCCCUGAGCUCCAGCCUCUGGAAUGAAACCACUACCUCUGUUUAUCAGUACCUUGGUUUUCAAGUUCAAAAAAUUUACCCUUUCCAUGAUAACUGGAACACUGCCUGCUUUGUCAUUCUGCUUUUAUUUAUAUUUACAGUGGUGUCUUUAAUGGUGCUGGCUUUCCUUUAUGAAGUCCUUGACUGCUGCUGCUGUGUAAAAAACAAAACUGUGAAAGAUUUGAAAAAUGAACCUAACCCUCUGAGAAGUAUGAUGGACAACAUCAGAAAACGGGAAACUGAAGUGGUUUAGUGCUCUACAUGAGAGGAACAGAAUCUUUGAAGACUGCCUUUAACUUUGAAGAAAAAAUUUUCUUUCUGAGGCCAACUGUUAUUACAAAAUUGACUGACUUUGAAUGAUUAAAAGAUUUC